ACACACACACAGCACGCACGUACGUCACACGCCGCAGUCUCAUCUUCAUUCCCAUCGAAACGUGUGUGCGUGUGCGCCCGCGUGUAGUGUAUGUUGUGGGAACAACACGACUCGUGCGAAAUACUAAACACGCGUUCGUUCACGUCUUGCUCCUUGAGCACGGUGCUGUUAUGGUUUGUGGAACCAACGGUCUCUUGACCUAGAGAACGUGCCGGGGGAAAAGAUAACCAUGUGAAUAUCAUUAUAAUAUAUUUCUCACUUGGAUUGUGUUAUAGUAUGCUUUGCAGCCCCCGUAUUAUUCUACUGUGGAGUAUAAAGACUUUUCACAUCGUGUGUUAUCUAAUUUUUCUGCCUGGGAUUAUAAAGGCUUUGCACAUUGUGUCAUCAUUUCUAUAUGGAUUAAAAGCAGACAUAGCACACAGUAAAAUUUGUCUGGGUUGGAACAAAAACGCCCUGCAAACCAUCAAUAUAAUUUUUCACACUUGGAUUACGAAGGCAUUGCGCAGCGUAAAAAUUGGAUUACAAAUUAGCACGUCUGCGAUUAAUACGCAUUCUUGACGGAGUCAGGUUUCAUCAGUGCAGUAAAAAAUGAAAGGAACCUGAAAGUGUUGGGGAGUGAGCGCCCGCUCAAUACACGUGUGAGUGUUACUUGUCGGGAAUUCCGCGGAUGACAAGGAAAAUGACGCUUCAACAAAAGGUACUCACGGCUCUAGACAGGUGGUGAGGGGAGUGGCCUGAAGAAAGAAACACUCUUUAAAAAAACAAACAUUUUACGUCAAACCUGAACCAUAGACCUGGGGUGGAAGUGCUAGAGUGUCUUAGUUUCAGUUUCAGCAACCCUCCAAAAAAACUCGCGGUCCCCGCGUCAGCAACGAGAGGAAUCAGAAUCUGAUUUUCAGUUUCAAGGAAAUUCGGCCCGCAGAAGGAAGUGACGCAAUCAUGGGCAGGAGGAAAGUCAUCAGAUCCACUUUGGAAGUGGCACUGGAGGAGGAACCGAAAAAGAUGUGUAGCUCUGGCAGCCUCUGCAAAAACUUUGUCUAUUUCAUCCUGGUGGUGACGGACAUUGCCGACUUUAUCAGCGAUUGGCUCUUCUUUGUGGAUGUUUACAUUGUGGAGGAGGGCCUGGUCUACGGACCCGUCCAGCCCGCUGCUAAAUGGAGUCUGCUCGCCUUCUCCAUUGUGGGGACUAUCACUUUUAUCAUGGAGAUGACCAACCUGUGGUGGGAGACAUUCCGCCACAACGCCUGGGUGGACUCGGACGCCCUGUCUGCCGUGGUCAUCUGGAUAGAGGACGUGCCGCAGAUCGCGAUCAGUUUAUACAUCGCGACAUGCCGCGAGGAGCCCAUCAGCAUCUUCCAGCUAAGUAAAGCUGCUGUCGUGCUCAUCGGCAUCGUUGUGCGCAUCAUAGUGAGCUCGGUCAAGUACUGCAACAAGAAGGCAGUCCGGUCCCACCACCACGUCAAGUACAAGGUGGUCAUCAUGCUGGGGAUCAUUCUGGAGGCCUUCUGUGCUGGGGCGAUCUUCUUCCUCACACAGACAGAGAAAGGGGAGACCGGCACCGUUUCUUUUAAGGUUCCAACAACCAUCAUUGAGGAGAAGUUCAAUGACCAGCGCUAUUUCGCCAACGUCAGCAUAUUCCUGCACCAAGCUGACCUCUUCGACGCUGGCAACCUUGACCCGGACAAAACUGACGAAAUCUUCAACUGGAUGCGCCUCACCUCCAUCAACAAAGUCCGCCAGCCCGAAAACAACAGGGAAGCUUUCUUCAGCUUCGACUCCGAACCUCGCUCGGCGCAAGUGACGAAAUUUGCCGUCUGGGAGUGGGGGAACACGAUGGGUGGACACAGUAAUCAGUGGACACUCUCGGAGUGCUACGACAUCGACCAACAAACGGCGGACAUUACCACAGUUGCCAAGACGACUUGCGAGCAGCCGAACUACUUCAUCAACCCAUACAGGGUGUAUGUCAAGUUCAAAUACGACCCACCGGGCUCUGUCUUCAAAAAGAAAGUUUUCGGAGACAUCUACUUCAAUAUGCGGCAGCAGACAGGGGCGAGCGGAGCCUGCGAGCAAGUGAGAGACUACACCUCGUCUAUUUCAGCCAGCGUCGGCGGGAAAUAUCCGAUCACAAUGCACUACUUCCGCACCGGUGCCCUUGUCCAGGCACAGGGGACCAAGCAUCUGUUGCAUGGCGACGGCACGAUGGCACCCAAGUUUUUCCGAAACGACGACAUGGAUUUAGAGGAGAUUCGUUCUAUAUGGAGAACUGGCUGGAACAAAUGCAAGAGUACCGGAAGUGUGGCGCCCAACUGGGAUGAGGAACUGGAGGUGGAGUGCAACAGACCUUGAGAGAGAGAGAGAGAGAGAGAGAGAGAGAGAGAGAGAGAGAGAGAGAGAGAGA